AUGGUUGUUUCCACAGGUGUCCGAGAUUUGAGGCUUGAGUCACUAUGGCUUGCUGAUACCUACCCCUGGUCUUCUUGGUCCUCAUGCCUGGUUGACGCUUAUGGUUUCAUCAUAUUUCAUCAUAUCUCAUCAUUUACUUCAGCCUUCUUCAUCAGAACGUCGCCUGGAAUUUUUCCACGCUGCGGCUAA